GUUCCCCGCUGGCUCCAAGGCCCGGCGAUUGAGAAGCAGCGGCCUGCGCGCCCUCCCCUUCCCCGCUUCUCCAGCCAGCCGGGGGCGGAGCCGAUGGCCGCGCUCCUUCGGCCGCAGGAGCCCAGCAGGAGGACGGAAGGGAAACACGGUAGAAGAUGAGGAAGGAAGGGUGCAAAAAGACCUUGCAAAAAAGAGCUUCUUAGUCAGAGCUGCUGUUGAAUUACAAAGCUCUGUUCACCGCUUCUCUUUGUAACGGAACAGAACACAUAACGUCCUAGAACAUCACCGUAGAAAUGGGGAACAGGUUUGGGAGAAUCCCUGCAGGCAAAGGCCCUUAUUCUGUAGGAUGCACAGACCUCAUGACGGGUCAUAAUAUUCAGGGAAUUUUUUUGCGUCUGUAUUACCCUUCCCAAAAUGGUACAAGUAGUGAAGAAACACUGUGGAUUCCCAAGAAAGAAUAUUAUUAUGGACUGUCUGAUUUUCUUAACAUGCAACGGACAUUAGGAGAGUUCAUUUUUGCAUGCUUUUUUGGCUCAAUGACAUGUCCUGCUAAAUGGAAUGCAGUGUUCAAGCCUGGAGAAAAAUACCCACUCAUUAUUUUUUCCCAUGGACUUGGAGCUUUCAGAAGUAUAUAUUCAGCAAUUUGCAUUGAAAUGGCAUCUCAGGGUUUUGUUGUUGCCGCUGUUGAACACAGAGACCAGUCUGCUUCAGCUACAUAUUACUACGAGGGGAAACCUGUUUCAGGAGCAAAAGGCAAAGUUUCAGAGCUGCAUGAGGAAUGGAUCUAUUACCGGAAAUUAAAAGCAAAUGAAGAUGAGUUUUACUUGCGUCAUCAGCAGGUACAGCAACGGGCAGAUGAAUGCACCAGGGCUGUUGACCUCAUGCUUGAUAUCAAUUCUGGAAAGCCUCCCAUGAAUGUGCUGCCUCUGAACUUUAACUGGAUCCUUUUAAAGGAUUCUAUUGACAUACAGAAGAUAACAGUGAUGGGGCACUCUUUUGGUGCUGCUACAGCUAUUGAGACUCUUGGCAAAGAUACGCGAUUCAAGUGUGGCAUUGCUCUUGAUGCAUGGAUGUUGCCCCUGUCUCCUGAAAUUUAUUCAAGAGUUCACCAGCCGCUGCUGUUUAUAAAUUCAGAAAAAUUCCAGUGGGCGGCAAACAUUCUAGAAAUGAAGAAAUUAAGCUGCGGAGAGAGAGAAAGUAAAAUGAUCACAAUCGAAGGAUCCGUACAUCAAAGUUUUCCAGACUUUACAUUCCUCGUUGGCAGUAUUGUUGGAAAGAUUUUUAAUCUGAAAGGAGAAAUAGACCCCAAUCUAGCCAUUGAUAUUAGCAACAAAGCUUCAUUAGCUUUCUUACAGAAAUGUCUAGGCCUGAAGAAAGAUUUUAAUCGGUGGGACGCUCUCUUAGAUGGCAAAGGUCUCAAUGUCAUUCAAGGCACCAAUAUUGAUUUACCUCCAGUGGCAUCUCAAUCAGAACAAUAGAAUACUCUUCACCUUUAAACUCUUGGUUGAUAGGUGCUGUUUGUUUAUUGACCAUGUUGUAUGAUGCUUGAUAAAUACAAUUCAAUACAAUAUUUUGUACUGGCUAGAUUUUUGGAGCAUUAUUACAUUGAUCAAGAGAUAUUUACAUUAUUUGUCUAUCUGUUAUGAUAUUAAUAAUCAUGCUUUAUUCCAGUCAGUUCGCAUGCAUCUCUAGGUCACAUCUGUUAAUGAAUCUAGCUACUGAAACAGCUCACACUGAGAGUUUAAAAGGUUAUGUUUUGCUAAAUAAAGUAAAGUUGACAUAAAAUCUGAAAUCCCUUCAUCUGAAGAUAUUUGGAUUCAAAGAAAAUACCCAAGAGUGUACUGAAUAACUAAUAUAUGGGUGUUAGUUAAGGAAUCGGAUGUUAGCAAGUAUGGUUAAAACAUGUAAAAGAGUUGUGGAGCUGGUGUGCAUUCUGAUAUGAAUGAAGAUAUGAAAAAUGAGGAUCUUGUAAAUGCCGGUCAUAACAGCACUGUUUUAAAAAAUCAAGCCGGGCACAUUAAAGAAAAAGAGUAAAAACAUAAAAACUACUGGAUUAAAAAAACAAUAUAAAAUUAACUUGAUAUUUUUAAACAAUCAUAGAAGAGUUGGAAGAGCCAACAUGGGCCAUCCAGUUCAACCUGCUGCCAUGCAGGAAAAGCACAAUCAAAGUACAUACCCCCGACAGAAGGCCAUCCAGCCUGUUCAAAAACCUCCAAGAAAGGAGCUUCAGUUCACUCUCUCGAGGCAGAGGGUUCUGCUGCACAGCUCUUAGAAUCAGAAAGCUCUUCCUAAUGUUUACAUGAAAUCUCCUUCCUUGUCAUUUGAAUCCAUUGCUCCGAGUCUUAGUCUCUAGGGCAGCAGUUCCCUCUUCCGUAUGACAUCCUCUGAAAUAUUUAUACAUGGCAAUCACGUCUCCUCUCAACCUUUUCUUCUGCAGGCUAAACAUACCCAUCUCUUUAAGCCGCUCCAAACAGGGAUUCAUGGUCUCCAGACCUUCAUUUUAGUUGCCCUCCUCUGGACACCUUCCAGCUUGCCAAUAUCUUUCUUGAAAUGUGAUUCCCAGAAUUGAUCAUAGUAUUGAAGUAGCCUAUGUUACUGUAUAGGGACCAUAACAUAUUUCAUUUAAUAUUAAUGUAUGCAAUGUCAAUACAAUUUUAUGUUAAAUGUUAUUUUCCUUGGUCAAUCCGGUUUGUGACUUCUAAAAUUUGCUUUGUAUUCUAGUCUUAUAUCCUGGUAUAAUUUUAGUUGCAUUUGAGCCUGUUCUUCCUUGAAUUGAAACACAGUAGAGUUUCACUUAUCUAAGCCUCGCUUAUCCAAGUUUCUGGAUUAUCCAAUGCAUUUUUGUAGUCAAUGUUUUCAAUAUAUCGUGAUAUUUUGGUGCUAAAUUUGUAAAUACAGUAAUUACAACAUAACAUUACUGCAUAUUGAACUGCUUUUUCUGUCAAAUUUGUUGUAAAACAUGUUUUGGUGUUUAAUUUGUAAAAUCAUAACCUAAUUUGAUGUUUAAUAGGCUUUUCCUUAAUCCCUCCUUAUUAUCCAAGAUUUUCGCUUAUCCAAGCUUCUGCCAGCCCGUUCAGCUUGGAUAAGUGAGACUCUACUGUAAUAGUGAAAAAAUCUGGAGUUUCAACAUCUUUCUGUGGUUUUCAUAAACAGUAAAGAGCUUAUCUCUUCUAA